UAUAAUAAGAAAAAAAUUAAUAAAAAGUAAAAAAAGAUUUAAUAAUUUUGUAGAGAAAUGAACCAAAUAUAAUAAAAUAAUAUAAAAAUAUAGCAUUAAUAAUUAAACAAGUAAAGUAAAAUAAAUUGGGCAUCAGUUCAUUUAAAUAGAAACUUAGUUAACGAAAUGAUUAAAUAAGCUCAAAAAAACUAGAAGUAUUGUACUCUUAAUAAUGAAUACUUUUUACCAAAAUCUGAAUAAUUACAAUCAUAGAAAUAAUUGAAGAAAAAGUAGGAGUUUUAUUCACCUUAAAAAGUAAAUAAAAAUCGUAUGAGUUUAACCAACUUAACUUAAAGAUCAGAAAUAAACUCUAGUUCUUAGCAGUAUCUGCCUAAAAAAUAAUUUUAAUUUGAAUUUGAUGCUAUUUAAAAUUAGAAUUAAAGCAGUAUUAAUGCUAAUUUGAUACAAUAAGAACUUGAAAAUAAAGACUAAAUUAGUACAAAUAAUGCUGGAUCAGUAACUGAGCAAGCUAAUAUAAAUUAAUAAUUUAGCAGGCUCUUUAAGAUUAACAAAACAUUUGUAGAACAAUAAAAUGAAGGUUUUAAAAAGAUUAAUGGAAAUUCUAGCUCUUAAGCUAUUAUAAAAUAAUAGGAUUCAAAUAAAGAUUCUCAUUAAGAUAUACUUUGCUUAAGUAGUUCACCUUUAAAGACAAACAGAUCUAGAAACCAUAAAAAGCUCACUUUUGAUCAGCCUUCUUUGGUUUAAAUAUCUGAAAAAAUCAAACAAUCUACAAUAAAAAACAAUCAAAGCACCUAAUAAUUGCUUCAGUAAAGCUAAUAGCUAACAUUUUCUCCUUCUAAAACAGGCAUGGAAACUUAGAAAAAAAAUUUAAAGUAGAAUAUAGAAGAUUGCUCAAUUGCAUAUUAAAGUCUUCCUAUUUUGCCACAGUGCUAACCUGCUGAUAGCAAAUCAAAGAAUUAAACUUUUAAUUUGCAUUUACAAAAUAAAAACUAAUAUUUCAAUAAAUAACUUGAAAGCGAAUCGACAAAAAAUCAUAGCAUUUUAAAAAAUUUAGAUUCUGCUAGGUCAUCUUAGCAGACUCAUUUUAACAAUAAACCCAUUCAGACUUUAAGAACUUCUCGUUAAAAUAGCUGUAUUAAUGUUUUAGAUAAGGUAUAAAAGCAUUAAAUGCCAUAAUCUUUAAACAUUAUUGGAAACUCUUUUGAUGAAAGCCUAAAUGUUACUGACUUAAAUGCUAAUGAUCCUCAUAGGAUUAAUUCUUUAUAAAAUAUAGAUUUUCUUUUAGAUAAAACUAAAUCGAAUACAAAUAAUUCUGAUUAUUAAAUUCAAACAUUCAAAGCCUCUCCAUAAAAAUAAUAGAAAAAAAUAUUUUUCCACUAAUCUUCUCUUAACUACCUAGAUGAUUAUGUAUCAUAAUCAAAACUAUACAGAGAAUCAAUGAAUAAUAAAGAGGAAUCUAACUCGGUAACUUGUGGAUAAACCUAUACCAGUGUUAACAGAAGUAGAAAAGCACCAACUCAAUCAAUGAAAAAUAUCAUUAAUAGAUGCUUUCUAAGUUCUAAUAAAUACCCUUUAAUUAAAGUAGAAGAUUUAAAUGGAUAGAAAGACUCUUCAUUUACAAACAACUAUAAGGAUUAAUAAUUUAAGAGUUCAUUAAAUUUAAAAAUGGAGUCUCUUUCAAACUUACCUAACCAAAACAUGACUAGAUAUGUUCAAAAAUAAGAUUUCUACUACCCAUAAAUAAAAUCUAGUCCCAUCCUUUCUCCAUUAACAGAGAGAUAAAAUAGAUAGAACGAUUCAAGAAUUAGUAGUAGAUUUUUAUUAAAAUAAAAAACAAGAAAAGAAAGCAGCAUUAGUUCAAGUAAUGCCAUCAGUGGUAAGACUACUAAACCUUAGUCAAUUAUAAAUUCACCUCCUACUCAUUCCAAAGACUCCUCUGCUAAUAUCCCAAUAAUAGACGCAUGUUUUGGAGGAGUUAAUUAACUUGAUGCCUUUCUUGAAAGACUUUAGUCCUCUUAUUAAGAAAUAUAAAAAUAAAACAAAUUUUAGUUUAUUCAAAAUAUGUAUGUAAGAUUUAAUGAUUCUCCACUGAAAGAAUUUAUUUAUCUAACUUCUGGAGCUCCGCUGAGAGAAGAUAUCGAAGAUAUCAAAUUAUCUAUCAAAUAGCAAUUUAAGGUUAUUGGCAUUAACUAUUGGAAAUUUAAAGAAAUCUAAAAAUUACUUUUUGAUUUCAUGGAAAAGGAAAAGACUAUCUUUGAAAAUGAUAAAAAGAACUUUAUUUCUUAAUUCUAAAAUUUGGAAGAAUAAAUAUUUUAAUGGAGAAUUUAUGAUGAGUUGGAGAGAUACACAAUAUAAGACAUCAUAAUUAUUAUAAAGGAAGAAUUAGAGUAAGACCAAGUUUCUUAGCAAGUUCUUUAACAUUUUUCUUUUAUGUAAAAUAAUGAUUAAUUUGAAAAAUUGCUUGCUUUGGCAUUCACAACAAAAACUUUCUCUUAGUAUGAAUAAUUUAUCAAAGAAGAAUUCUCAAAUUUGAAUUGGACUUAUGCUGACAUAAUGUGUGCUAAGCUGUCUAUUUACAAGAUAUUUACUAAGAAUUUUAAAUUUUCUAAACUCAGCAUGGCAAACUUUUUUGAUUUUAUAGAAAGAAUGAGGUACAUAGCCACUAAAAAACCUGAUUUUUUUAUUAGGUUGUAAGAAAAAGAUAAUGAUUACCAAAAUUUUUUCUCUACAGUUAAUCGUCAAUGUCUAUAAUAUCUGCUUGUUUUGCACUCUUAAAAAGAUUCAUCUUAAGUAUAAAGUGGGUAUAUUGUAAAUUAGCAGUUCUUUUUUUCUUAAUAGGCUCAAAAUUAAGCACUCUAAAGCAACGUAUAGAUUGAAAUGUAUUUAAUGAAAUUCAUUUAAAACCUAUUUUUUGGUUCUUUGGAUACUAGUUUAUUUGAUAUUGUCAAGAAUGAAAAAUACGAAAAAGUUAUUUCUCAAACAACAUUUACUCAGAUAAGACAAAUCAUCUUAAAUCAAUUAGACUUUUAUGUAUGUCCUCCUGAUUAUCUUUUGGAAAUAAAGAAAAAGCUUAGAUUAAUUAAGAUCUAAUUAGGUCUAAAAAUUUCAUUUAACGAGUAAUUGCUUGAGAGCUUCUAAUAAAGUUCAAACCCUUAGCUUAAAAAUUUACCUUUGAAUAAAACCUUGCAAUAUUUAUAUUAAAGUGUAAUAAAAGCAUGUAGUUUAAACCAAACAUUAUUAAACCAAAAUAUACUUGGAAAAGAAGAAAAUAUGAAAAUAUUUGCAAUAACUAUUAUAAACUUUAUUUUUGAUGUAAUUGUUGACAAAAAUUUUCCUACUUUUGUUUCAAUCUACGACUGCCUUGCUUAUUCGAAGGUUUUUGGAAUCCCUUCAUUUUACUAUGAAGAAAUUGGCUAUAUACUUAAAAGUGUUAUCACUCAAAUAAUUGGAAAUUAAAAUUAUUCUCAGAAAUUCAUUCAAAAAAUUGAAAAAUAAAUGUCAGUUCUCAUUAAAUUAGUUCAAUAAUUUGAUUGA